CGCCUCCACACUCGUGUAAAUAGCUUUUGGCUUCACCAAUUCUGACAUCGACGAGCGAGACUUUGGGUGAUUGCAAGCCAAGCCAUCAAUCAUUCUGCGACUUCAAACCCUUCCCUCUCUCCCGUAUCUUUCCAUUUCGUCACUUUCGAUCUCACAACUCGAAGCCCUUGUCGUCUUCAGAUCGACGCCCAGUUCCUCUUUCGAAACCCUACUUCCACAUUCGCUCUUCUCCAUCGCCUUCGCUCACUUUAGCUUGAGAUCGACAAGCUAGCCCUGAUUUUGAAUACAGAAUCGUAAGAGAAGAUGUUUGGUUCUACUAACCCAGCUUUUGGGCAGUCAUCUAGCAGCCCGUUUGCAUCCCAACCGGUCUUUGGGCAGACCAGCAACACAAAUAACAAUCCUUUUGUUCCCAAGCCUUUUGGUAGCACAACUCCGUUCGGUGCCCAAACAGGUAGUUCCAUAUUUGGCGGCACUUCAACUGGUGUAUUUGGUGCAGCUCAAUCUUCUUCACCUUUUCCUUCCUCAACGACCUUUGGUGCUUCAUCCUCACCAGCUUUUGGAAAUACAACUCCUGCUUUUGGAGCAGCUUCUAGUCCAGCUUUCAAUAGUUCACCAUCACCGUUUGGUGGUUCAUCUGGUUUUGGUCAGAAGCCUGUUUUUGGAGCAUUUGGGUCCAAUACUACUCAACCAAGUCCUUUUGGAAGCACAACUCAGCCAUCACAGCCAGCAUUUGGGAGCGGAAUAUUUGGUUCCACCACACCAUUUGGUGGAUCAAGUCAGCCAGCAUUUGGUGCUACCACCACCCCAGCCUUUGGUGGUACAAGUAGUCCAGCCUUUGGUGCUACGAGCACCCCAGCCUUUGGUGCUACGAGCACCCCAGCGUUUGGUGCUACAAGCACCCCAGCAUUUGGUGCUACAAGUACCCCGGCCUUUGGAGCUACUAGCAACCCCCCAGCCUUUGGGGCUACUAGCACCCCCCCAGCCUUUGGGGCUACAAGCAGUCCAGCCUUUGGUUCCACAACAAGUCCUACGUUUGGAAACACAGGAUCUGCAUUCGGGGUGUCAAAUUCCUCCGUGUUUGGAUCUACGGGAGCAUUUGGGGCUUCAAGCACCCCAGCUUUUGGUUCAUCUGGAUCCACCUUUGGUACUUCAAGCAAUCCAGGUUUUGGUGCAUCAAGUGCUCCUGGUUUUGGUUCAUCCAGUACUCCAUCUUUCAGCUUUACAUCAGCUCCUGCUUUUGGCCAAUCAAAUUCUACAUUUGGUAGUGCCUCAUCUCCAUUUGGAGCACAGAGUUCUCCAUUCGGAGCGCAGCCAACACCAUUGGGGAACAAUACCUUUGGGCAGUCAGGUUUUGGGGGCCAACAACGUGGGGGUAGUAGAGUGGCUGCAUAUACAGAAACUCCAGAACCAGAUGGUGGUAGUGGGGCUACUGCUGCAAAAUUGGAGUCAAUAUCAGCAAUGCCAGUAUAUAAAGACAAAAGUCACGAAGAACUUCGCUGGGAGGAUUAUCAAUUGGGAGAUAAAGGUGGUCCAGCUCCUGCUGGUGGGAGUGGCUUUGGCAUGUCUGCGGCACAACCAAACUCUUUGAAUACUGCAUCAUCAUUUCCUCAAGCAUCUACAAGUCCUUUUAAUACCGCAACUGCACCAAAUUUGUUUACUCCAAAAACUCCAUCCUUCCCUUCUACCGGCUUUGGAACAUCGUCUACUCCAUUCAGUUCAUCAUCUUUUGGGCUUUCUACUUCAACCAAUAUUUUUACCCCAUCAUCAUCUCCUUCGGGUUUUGGACAAACCUCAUCUCCGUCUCUCUUUACUUCAUCAGCGCCAUCCACAUUUUCAUUUUCUGCUCCAGCUCAAACAUCAAAUUCCACAUUUAAUACGGGAAUAUUCAAUUCCACUGCUCCAGUUGCACAGACAGGUAGUACUUUUGGACUAAGUACCACUUCGUUUGGGCAGAACACGACUCCAUUUGGUCAAUCAAAUGCAUUCAAUACUCCCUCUACUGGCUAUGGUUUGGGGAGCUCCUCUACGGCUAGUGCUACAAGCAACCUGAUGGGUUUUAGUCAACCAACUCCUUCUUUUCCUACGCCUUUCCAGCCAUCUCAACCUCCUCAGAACAGUGGGUUUGGAUUCAACAGUUUUAGUCAAAUUCAGCCAGGCAAUACAGGUGGCUUGGGUGGUUCAGCGGGAAUUCUUGGGCAGAAUAACUUUGGACAAUUGUCUGCUACUCAAAGCUCUGCAGCUGUACAACCAGUACCUGCUACCAAUCCAUUUGGAACGCUCCCUGCGAUGCCUCAGAUGUCAAUUGGUCGUGGUGGAACUGCACCAUCAAUUCAAUAUGGGAUUUCAAGCAUGCCUGUUGUAGACAAACUGGCGCCUGCUAGAAUGUCAUCAUCUUUAGUGACUUCUCGACACCUGACUCAAAGGCGGGUCAGAUUGCCUGUGAGAAAAUAUUAUCCUAAGAAUGAUGAUCAAAGGUUCCCUUUCUUUAUUGAUGAUGAAGAAACAGUCAAUACCCCCAAGGCGGAUGCUCUUUUCCUUCCCAGGGAAAACCCAAGAGCACUCGUCAUUCGUCCCAAAGAACAGUGGCCUCGAAGGGCCAGUGCUGAGAAAGCAUCCCCAUUAAAGGAUACUUCUACUCCGGUGCAUGAGAAUGGAAAAAAUAUGGGAGAAGCAUGUAAUCCCUUCUUAGGUUGCUCCAAUUCUGAGGAUAAAGAAAUUCCACAUGAAGAUGGCAUUGUCAAAGAGCGUGUGAAUCAUGUCAAAGCCAACCAGAAACCUAACGGAGUCCAUGAUGAUCAUUCUAUUCAGAAAGGGGACUCGUAUAUGACACUGAGUGGGCAUAGAGCCGGUGAGGCUGCUAUUGUAUAUGAGCAUGGCGCUGACAUUGAGGCACUAAUGCCAAAGCUCCGGCGCUCUGACUACUAUACAGAGCCUCGAAUCCAGGAAUUGGCGGCGAAGGAAAGGGCAGAACCUGGGUUCUGCUGUCACGUCAAGGACUUUGUGGUCGGACGAGUUGACUAUGGUAGCAUCAAGUUCUUUGGUGAGACAGAUGUGAGACGCCUUGAUCUGGAAUCCGUGGUGCAGUUUAACAAUCGGGAGGUGAUAGUGUACAUGGAUGACAACAAGAAACCUCCUGUCGGGCAAGGCCUCAAUAAACCUGCUGAGGUAACACUUCUCAACAUUACAUGCAUGGACAAAAAAACAGGGCGCCGGUUUACAGAAGGGCCAAAAACUGAAAAAUACAAGCAGAUGUUGAAGAAGAAAGCGGAGGAUCAAGGUGCAGAGUUUGUCUCAUAUGACCCCUUGAAAGGAGAGUGGAAGUUCAAGGUAAGCCACUUCAGUGAGUACAAGUUGGGAGAUGAAGACGACUGGGAUGUGAAUGGUGCCCAAGAUUGCUGACGGAAGAUGGAGUCGAUGUGUUAAAUAUGUGGUGGUCUUUUGUGUGUUUCCGACCAAGGGUUUUGUCAUGGAUGAAGAUUAAUUUUGGAAUUGUAUAGAACUUAGGGAUAAGUGGUACCGUAUAUAGCUUUGGAAGCGAUGUUGGUGCUCUGACUAUAUUACUGGUGUGUUGGUUGUGUUAUGGGUUUUAGAGUCGUGUGUUUUGUCUUACAUUUCCAUUCUUUUCACUGUCAUUAUUGGUCUUUAUUUUUACUUGGUGUUUUGAUGGUGAAGCAGAGAAUAUUGGUUGGGUCAAAA